AUGCUUCUCCUCCCAUCUCAAAAACAACAACCUAACCUCACCAUCCUGUCUCCUUCCAUCCCAUCCCAAACCAACGAAAUGCCCGCCUCACCCCCAACCUACCGCAAACCACCCCCCAAACCCAAACCUAAUUCCAACCCCCCUCUCCAAGCCCUCGUCGACUCCCUCGUCCACAAAUACCAAAAAGCCUCACCAAGCCCCACCCUCCUCGACCUCCUCCACAAACCCGACCAAUACGCGCUCCUAGUCAACGCUCUCUACCGCCAGAUCUCUCUGAUCAAGCGCCGCUCGCAAGCACUCGAAGAUGGCCAAAUUACUAUCUAUGACAGGGCUUUGCUGGAGUUGUCUGUGGAGGGGUGCUAUCCGAUUCAGACGGGGGUUGUGGAGUUGUAUUUGACGGAGUUUCUAGGGUUGGAUAGGAAGGAGGAUGUGGAAGAUGCAUUGGGGAAGCAUGUUGCGCUGCAUGAUGAGUUUAGUAAGAGAGACUCCGAAUCCAAUCCCUACACGACAACCACCACCCGCUCCCACUACGACUUCAAGGAACCCACCAGCCCCCGCAUCAAACACGAAGAAACACCCAAACCCGAACCCAACUCAAGCCCUACCACCCCCGUCACCACCACCAAAACCCCCUCCAACCCCCUCCACGAACGCGUAACCCGCAUGCUCGCCGUCUACCACCGCGCCAAAGAAGACUACCACCGCAUCAAACGCCGCGACAACGUAGAACCCCUCCACUCCGUGCGCUUCCUCCGCGACACGGCCGAGAACACGAUCCUGUAUCUGCGUACGAACGGACUAUUUGACCACGAACUGAUUCCAGAGUUGGAGAAGACGUUUGAUUAUGCGCGGGAUAAGGCGGCGCAGCUUUCGGGGGGAAGGAAGAGGCAUUUUGAUGAUGAUAGAGAUAGGGAGAGGGAUGGGGACAGGAAGAAGAGGGACAGAGAGAGGAGGGGGGAGAGUGGGGAGAAGAGGAGUAGGAGUGGGAGGGUUAUUGAUUCGUAUCGGCCUGGUUCUAAGUAG